AAUUUAUAGGACAACAUCAGUAAAUGUGAUCCAAAGUUGUUGAAAAUGAGCUAUCUUCCAGGAACGGCGAGUUUAGUGGAAGAAAUAGACAAAAAACUGCUGGUUGUUUUACGAGAUGGAAGAACAUUGAUUGGAUUCCUAAGAAGUAUUGAUCAAUUUGCCAAUCUAGUCCUUCAAAGAACAAUUGAGAGAAUUCAUGUUGGUAAAAAGUAUGGCGAUAUUCCACGAGGAAUCUUUGUUGUCCGUGGAGAAAAUGUGGUGCUUCUUGGAGAAAUAGAUCUGGAAAAUGAAAAUAAUCACCCACUAGAGGAGGUACCUAUCGAUGAUAUUCUAGAAAUGCAGAGAGAAGAACAGGUACAAAAACAGCAGGCAGAGGAGAGAAAGAAAAAAUCCAUGCUGGAACAAGGGCUACAACCACAUUCAGAAAUGCAUGAAGAAUACCUCUGAUACGAAAUGGACAGGGGUGUGCAGGGAAACUGAGAAUUGUAAACAUGGACAAAUUUCUUUUUAAGGGUGUUAUCGAUCAUUCAUAUUGACAAAAAUGUCUCAUUUUUCUCAUUUUUAGAUUUUGAAAGUUACCAGUCCAAGGGAGAUAACUUUGACAAUAUAAAACAUUUCAAAAAGUUAUUGAUAGCAAAGGUAUGUCGGAGGUGUAUUGUACAUUUGCUUGUAAACACCAAUCUGAAAAUAUCAUUCAAUACUUAAGUACAUGAACAUUUCAUAUUCAUCAUCAACUUACAUUGCUGGAUAAUGUAUGGGAUUUUAAUUUCUUCCAUUUUUCCAAAAACGAUUUUUCAUUCAGGAUUUGAAAUUGUCCUUAAGUUGCAAAAAGGAUAUUCAUGAUUAAUUUUAGAAAGCUUGAGCUUCUUUCAAAAUAUUAUAAUUUGUAACUUUCUAAUUUACAGGAAUUUGUGAAUUUUUUGUUGGAGUAUGUGGUAUUUUGUGUAUUUUUCUAUAUUUUUUAUUAUCAUUCACAAUCAAAGGAUCAAUCAUUAGUUUGUAGACAGGAAGCGUAAGUACAGUUUGCUCCGUUAGAUAGGAGUCUGUUAUUUUGAGCUUCACACAUAUACAAAUUAAAGUUAUUGUCCCGUUAGAUAGGGUGAAAUAUAUGAUCCGAAGCGUUCAUUUUUUUCUUAAAAUUUUGUGCAGUAGAUUGUGUACAAAUUAAUGGAACUGAUCCGUUAAAUAGGAGAUAAGUUCUUAUUGAUAAUGUAUUUUUCAAGCGUAUUACAGUCAUGUUGUGUACUCUGCUGAAAUUUGCAAUGUAUUAUCAUAUGAUUUGUGUCCUAAGUAUGCUAUUUGUCUUCAAAGAUUUGGUACAGAGACAAAUAAAUGAUAUCAACCAUACA